AGUAGUUGUGGUAACUUCGCAUGAAACCACGGAGGCAAUGGAAUUCUAAAGUUGUUUUACAUAAAAAGAAUUUAAAGUUUUGUAUAUAUUCUUUCCACAAAGUUUCGAGCUAAAAAUCCUUGUGUAACACUGCAUUAAGUUUAAUCAAUGCGUUUGUAACUGCACAGAGAAGGAUAUACAUUCUAAAAAUCAAUCCCGGUCUUAAUAAAACAAAAUAGAAAGUUGCAGUUGAUAACCAUUUGUAAAUCCAAAUCAUACUCUUAUAGAGAAAGAAGCACAAUCAAACUUUCGUUUUGUUAUUAAGGCGGUUAUGUAGCUACAUCAAAAGGGAAUUAUCCUUCACUCCUGAAAGUGGGACGCCACACAAUCUGUACUAAUAAUACGCGGUAUGCAAACAACGGCUUCACUCACGUCAGUACAACCAAAUAUUUUGAAAGCGAUGCAGCCACAACCCGCACAAAACAUGUAUGUUCAACCGGCAGUCGCCAGCAGUUCCAGCCAAGUGCGUAGUAAUCAAGCGGGCAGUUUAUAUCGAGGACCUUCCGCAAGUCCAGCGCCUCGUAAUGGCGCACGUCAUGUACCAAUGCAAGCCAUGUAUCAACAAACCAUGCAUCAAGGAGUUCAAAGCGUAGUAGUGCAACCUUUCCCACAAUAUCAGCGUCAAGCGUUUCAAGCGCCACCCUAUGCACAAUAUACACAACCAAUGCAGCCAAAUUAUCCAUAUCCAUAUCCCUCGUACUAUUCUGUUCCUGCGCAACGAGGUGCUGUAGGUGUUAAUACUGGUGUUGGUGUAGGUAGCACGAUGUCAGUGCAACCAGGCCCAAAUGGUCCAAUGACAGGUCCACCUGGUGCUACACAAACACAAUUGCCGUUAACGCCUGGAACGGUGCUUACUGCAAGUCCCGUACCGCCUGGCUCGAAUCCUGCGGUUUUGGGUGUAGCAUCUGCCCCUAGCGGACAACAAGUUGCCGUUCAGUCCAUGGUCGGCGUCGUGCAAACUACAGUUCCUGCACAGCAAGGCCAAAAGUCGACACGUCGACGUGCUCAUGCUCUCGAAAUCAUAGAUCCAAGUACAAAUAAGAAUAUUUUGGAAGAUUUCGAUAGGGCGAAGACAUCUGCAAGAUCAGAUAUUGAAUAUCCUGAACAAAACAUGUUUGUUCAGCAACCGAUUGUUAUGACUGAUCAACUGCGUAAUUUACCAUAUGACAUGAUGGACAUACACCAAAUGGGUCGUGAAGUAACACUUGGCCAGACCCCAGUUGUUUCAGCAAUAACAGAUGGCCCCUCAGUAGAAAUUUUACCGCCAUUACAAAAGCCCAGAUGUAAAAAAAUACUUCCAAUUGUAAAUCCUAAGGAUGGAAAUUCUGUUCAAAGUACAGCGAAGGCACAUACAAAACGCCAUGCAUUUCGACUUUUGCAUUAUUUGUCUUUAAUAUAACCGUACCUACACCGG